AUGAUCAACUUCAUCAAUCAUACCGGCUUUUACGCUAUUUCCGCAGGAAUCAAUGGCGAUAUAGACGGCUUGACCAAGCUCUAUUAUGCCCUUAUGGGAGUGACAGGUCUUGCGCUGAUCCUCCCAGCUUAUCACAGCCUUCAUCAACAGCGACAUUUGAUGAGCAAAAAGACACUGCGCUUUCAGAGGCUAUGGCUCCGAAAUCUCACUAUUCAGGUGCUCAUCUUUAUCGGCGUUGUUUUCGUGCCUUUUUGUUGGGAGGCGGCAGUUGCCUGGGGACGGCCCGAGUCCGCUCCACUAAGCGUUUAUACAAUCUGGACAACAGCCAUCGGAUGCUCACAUGGGACUUUAUCAACGGUGGUUCUUCUCUUUGUCUAUGAUAGCUAUCGAAAACGAUUAUUUGAUUCGGUGAAAAUGGUGAUCGGAAACAGGAAGAAAAAUCAAAGGAUUUCUGUCACAGCAAUUUCUGUUAUGAGUCAGCAGAAGUCAAAGAAA